UGGUCGAGUAUCCCAAUCACUGACGUCAGGCAGGCUGUCUUGUGCCUGAGUCCGCGCGCAAGAGCAUCCAUUCUGCCUCCCUUAAGCGCUCCGAGGACACUGAAGAAGAAGAGAUGCAAGUGACGCCGAGUGAGAGUUUGACACAACUUUGAAGAAGACAGGAGGAGCACGGGACGGUGUCAUACACAGGAACUAUCCUCUUUAUUUAAACUGGGACCGAUCAUCAGUGGGGACACCAUCACUCCAUUUCCAUCGUCUGGAUCGUAAAAGACGAGAGACCGAAUCUAUUGAACUCUUGUAAAGGAUACACAAAAUCGCGUUAAUAAGGUUGCAUUGGUGUGACUGCUGAUUGGUCAUGAUCCUGAACGCCUCUGAGCUUGGCUGGGAUGAGUCCUCAGGCGCGGACCCCUUCUACCCUUUGGACCCAAUGGACAGCUCACCUCCAUACGAAGUCCCGCCCCUCACAGUGUGGGGUGUUGCCCUGUGUGUUUCAGGAACUCUCAUUGCCACUGAAAAUGCAAUAGUUGUCACCACCAUCCUGGCCACUCCGUCUCUUCGUGCCCCUGUUUUCCUGCUGCUAGCUAGCCUCGGGCUGGCUGAUCUACUGGCAGGUGUUGCUUUGGUCCUGCACUUCCUCUUUCUGUUCUGCAUGAAGCCCAAUGAUUGGUCAGAAUUGCUGACCUCAGGACUUUUGGUGACAUCACUGACUGCCUCUCUUUGUAGCCUGAUGGGUGUUGCUUUGGAUAGAUACCUGUCUUUAAGCCACGCCCUCACAUAUGGUUCAAGCCAAUCACGUCGCAGAGCCGCCAUCCUCCUGCUGCUGGUCUGGUUGGGUGCAUGUGUCAUCGGGGCGGGGCCUGCACUGGGAUGGAACUGUCUGGGAGAGCCAAGUUCCUGUUCUGUAGCACGACCUCUGACCCGAACGUACCUGUCCCUGCUAUGUGGGGGUUUUCUGGUGGUUGUCAUGGUAACCUUGCAAUUGUAUGCUGGGAUCUGUCGUGUGGCAAGACGGCAUGCCCAUGCCAUCGCUACCCAGAGGCACUUUCUCCCUGCCAACCAAUCAUAUGCAAGCAAACACAGCAGUGGAAGGGGCUUCUCGCGAUUGAUCCUGGUGCUCAGUGUGUUUGUGGGCUGCUGGAUGCCUUUCUCCCUCUGGGGGCUGCUGGGAGAUGCAUCCAGUCCUCCUCUCUACACCUAUGCCACUUUGGUCCCAGCAGCAGGCAGCUCACUGCUGAACCCGAUACUCUACAGUCUGAGAAACAAAGACAUUCGCAAGGUGCUGCUUCAGGCCUGCUGCCCUCACAGGCACACACAAAAUGCACACAUACACUACCCUGUUGACGUGUAGGCUGCCAACUUCAUCAGACUCAAAUCGUCACACAAUCUAUGCCAGACAUAUCACUGUUUGUGUGCAAAGAUACACACAUAGCUGCACUGACUAUCAUCCAAAUUCGAAACAUUACGUAUCUCUCUCUAUCACACACAAACACACACACUCCCACACACACACACGCAGCACCAAGAGAUGAAGUCCUUCUGCAAAACAGAGUGUCCUGAACUGUCCUGGCUGUUAGUCAUCUUGGGACUAAAGACUUGACGUACUGUUUUGUAUGUACUUUGUGCCUCAUCCUCAGUCCACUGGAGAUCCAGUGGAACCACAGACUGACACAAUCACAGGGAUACUCUGCAUAUCCCCACUCAUAAAAAGUGGAUUUAAUGACUGUCGGCACUUUAAGAUAAGAGGGAUGGGUUUUAAAUGUUAGCCUAUCACAGUGUGAUGACAUGUGAUCCAAAGCCCAGUUUUAUUUACUUGAAUGUCUAGAAAACACAAUGUUCUAGAUUUUUGACAUUCUAUUUUGCACAUGCUGUCAAAGACAGUUUGAAAGGUACUGACCAUAUGUUCAUGUCGCACAGCCUUUUUUGAAAUGAAUGAAUAUUUUAUACUUAUGAAUAAUAAAUGUC